CAGUAGCGAAUCAAGUUUGCGACCUUGUUUGCCUGAAAACAGACAGAUCGAGAAGAAAGCGUCCAGGAAAAAUUUUGAAAAUUCUGCAUAAUAUCUUCGAAUAGAGUUGAAAUUUACAUAGAAGACACCUCUAAUACAUAGAAGGAACUUCGAAACAGAAAGAUGUUGAGCUGGGCCAGUUACCUGUUUGGUUCAUCAACUGAAGAGCCACAGAAAGACGAGAAUGAAGCUGUACCAGCGCAAGCUGUUGCCAUGGAGACUGAAGUGCCGUCUGACAAAGACUGGGUGGUUGUGGAACAUACAGGAAAUGGCAAGGCCCCGCAAGUUGGAAUUACAGACCUUGAAAACCUGUUGAUCGAGCAUCCAAGCAUGUCUGUGUAUAAGAGAUCGGGCAGUGAAGGAGAAGACAGUAACCAUUCGGAAGAAUCUUCCAACGAACUCGCCAAAAAAUCAAAAAGAUCUCAAGCCUUGAACCGACCUUCACCAAAACGCAUGCGUGCAGUGUCGGCACGGGCGGAACUUUUAGCCCAAGUUUCUCAGGUUAAGCAUGCUCAGAAAGUGCAGCAAAAACAUUCUACGAAACGCAAUAAUAAGAGAAAUCUCGAUAGAAGCAACAAAGUUGCCAUUUGUGAUAAGCACGUUACCCGUAAAAACCGUGUGAGAAACCCUUCCGGCCAGAUGAAUGCACGUGUCCCCCAGAGGAAACAGUAACUAACAGACGUAUGCUAGGUUAUCAAAUUUCACCUCAAAAUACACGAACUAUAUUAUUGUCUUGUUACAUGAUAAUGAAAUUUAAGCGAUUUUAGGAGAUUUUUUGAAUUUCUGUUCAAUUUUAACCCAUCACCUUUUUAAAUUAAUUUCAAUUUAAUUCUAAUUAGAUUAAUGACAAAAUGUUUCUGAAUUUUUUUUAUACAAGAACCUUUUUGUACUGUUGUGGAUAGAUUAACUGAUCACUACAGAGCUAUUAAAAAUGAAAAAAAAAAUUGUAAAAGAUUAAAUUGUUAAAAAAAAAAUUAAAAAUGUAUAAAGACUGGCCAUUUUUCCCAGUCUUACAAAAAAAGUAACGAUAGAUCUGUUGAAAGUUUUCUGAUAUUUAUUGUUGUUAAAGAAUAUAUACUUUCCUUAGCAGUCCCCCAACACUGAAUAUAAUUAUAAAGUUAUUAUUGUACAAUUUAACAGACUGAUAAUAAAAUGUUUGUGCUCUCAAAAAUGUUGAAUCUGGUUAGAUUUUUCAAUACUAUUUCAAUUAUGAUACAAAUUUACGAUAUUGUUAUUAACACUAAGUCUUACCAUGCCAGACACAAUUGGUUCUGCCUUUGCGACCAGUGUAGAUCAUGAUCAGCCUGCACAUCCAUGCAGUCUGAUCAUGAUCUGCACUGUUCACUAUUCAGCAUUAAUGAUACUGUCCAAAUUGGAAGAUGGACAAUAUCAUUAUAGAAAUUUAGCAUGGUAAGGGUUAAGAUGAAUGAAAUUGAAACUUGAAACACAGAGUACAUGUCCAUGUUUUGGUCAGCAAGCUUUAAAAUAAGACUCACAAAAAUGUUAAUGUAUGUUUUGGAGUGUUUACUUAAAAUAUAUCUUACCCUUGUGAAUGAAAAUUACCAUUAAUUGUUAUAAGUUACCGAUUGUUUAAUCUUUGAAAUGUGUACAGGUUAAAAAACAUGCAGAAUAUUUCGCUAUGUUAGAAUAGAUGACAAAUAUAAAAAACACACA